AUGAACCUAUAUCGACAGACAGUCAGUCCUCGCAAUUCUUGUCCUGCGGUGCUGAGCGUAGGCGUAAUUCGUGCUGAAAUUCAACACUGUAUUUGUUUUGGCAGCAGUCGUAAACGUGAUACUGUACAUCAAGCCACAGGACGAGAUUAUCAAAGAUUAGUAAGAGGUGAAGAGGUGAAGAAGUGCAGAGGUUGAAGGGGGAAAUUCAGGAUUAAAGUAUUAUUAUACUGAAUUUAUAGUUGAAUGGAUUAAAAAUGAAUAUCAUGUUGCAAUAUCAAUUAUUCACGUUGCUCUUGUUGCUCAUCGCGUCAAACGCUGAGGAUUCUCUCCAGGGAGCCCUCAAAGCUGUCCACCGUCGACAACGCGACCUCUCCGGUUAUUCCCGAUACGAUAAUUAUGGAAAUGAUGACUUUUCUGAUUUGGCUAAAUAUGAAAAUCGUAAGUCUGAGUUAGAGAAAGCUCUCUUUGAAUAUCUCGAAAACGCGCAGGAUUACGACCCUGAUGAAUCACCACCCUCAUCGCCCUUCCGUGAACGUGCUGAAAAAUCUCACAAUAUGCGUAAUAUACAACAUAACCCUCAACGUAACUAUCGACGCGGCUCUAAUGACGAUGAUUAUAUCGAAUUCUUGAAUGAAAUGAAAUAUCCGAGUCAAGAUAACCUUGAAGAGUUAUACUCUCCACCGUAUAAACGUUAUAAUUAUUACAACUACAAUAGUUUGGGUUACAACGGUGUGGGCAUGCGCAAACGGCGGCCAUUUUCUCAUGCAUCAUACUAUGAAGACGACCUAACCCCGAAUUAUUCAGGCGGUGCUUAUGGGAUUUAUAAAUCAAGAGAACGUCGCGUGCCGUUUUAUCCUGUCACAAAACGAUUUCCUGUCUCAAAGCGGAGCAUGAAAGAGGUUAAAGAGGUUAAUCAACGUAAAGUUAAACGUACGGAUCCACAAGUCGAAAAAGAAUUAUCCCAACUAUUUGACAACACAAAUAAUAAUAAUGAAAAAGAAAAUAAAGAUAAAACACCGAAAAAAGUGAGUGUUACAACUAAGAAACCUACAUUUGGUAAAGUAGUGACAACAGCGCCACCUACCAAACAAGAACCUACAACUAUUGACACACAAGCACAAGAACAACCGCUGCAAAUGAGUAAAAAAUCUGUAAAGUGGUCGGAUUACUUCGGCAUUGAUCGACGCAAGAAAUCAAGCAAUCUAGACAACGAAUGGUUGAUAAAUCGUUAUCACAAAGCCGUGGAACUAUCAAAAUCAAAGAAAAGCGAAGAAUAUCCAUUGAAAAACUUUCAUAAACAUGAAUAUUCAUCAUCAACACAACCUACAAAUUUAAACGCAAAAUCAACUACAGGAAUCUACAAAAAUGAUAAAAAUAAAAACCUUGACAGUAUGGAAGUACUCGAUGAAAAACUCAAAUCAAUCGAGGAAAGUAUCAUAGAUGAUACAUUGAAAUACACGGGCGCUUCCGGAGCACAGGAUGAUAUUGACGGUGAGGAAAUGAAAGAUGUUAAGGAUAGUAUUAUAGCACGUUUGGCAACAGCGUACAAUGUUGAAAAGAUGAGGAAAGCUUUGAAGGAAUAUCGACAGUCGUUAGCACUACGACAUGAACAUGAUGAAGAGUAUCCUGAUAAUGAAGCGGAGGAUUCCAACGAAGAUGUUGAUAAAGAAAAGAAGAAGAGAGUGGCUGUUGCAAGGAAACAAGCUGUUGAUGAAGAUCAUCAUGCUGAUAACGAUGAAGAUAACAAUAUAAAAUGCACGGAAAGUGAUGAAAAUUGCGCUGAGCAAAAUUAUAAAGUACCAAAAGAGUUUAUGGAGCAAUCUACGUUUGAAAAAGGUGGUUGUGAGCGUAUUGAACGCGCAUGUCGUGAAGUUUCGUUGAUUCUCGGCCCGUAUGGGACUAUAUUCGAGACAGCGUGUAAUAUGCAUCAGAUGUGUAUGUUGUGUAGUGAUAACAGUUGGUUUUCGCCGACACGUCAGUGUAAUAUUCUGUUUUUGUCCAAAGCGGAUCAAAUGUGCGAUGGUGAUGUGGGCUGUCAAAGGGGGGCGCGCGAGUCGAUCAAGUAUCUACAACAUGUCGAUCGUAACAUGCGUGAUGGUUUGAGUGUUGCCUGCAACUUGGAAUGCCCCGACCGGCGAUAAAUCAUAAGCUAAUAUUGUAAUAUUCAUUCAAAAUGGCCGCUAUACACAGGAAAUAACACUGAAAAUGGAUACAGAGUAAUAUAUAUUGCAGUAUUUAUAUAUUAAUUUAUUUAAAUUAGUUUUAUUGGUUGAAAAAAUAUUUUUGGAUGUUUUUUGUGGUUAUGUUUGAUGUUUUGAGGUUAUUUUGGGUUAAAAUGAUUGUUUUGAGUUUUUCUAUGCUUGGAAACAACUAUCGAGUAUAACAUUGAUGUUGGCUGAUGAUAACACGAUUAAAUUUUAGAUGUGUACUGAUAACAAGCAAAUUUAACACUGAUAAUACAAAAAUAUUAACUAAAUAUAACCGGUAAACAUUUAUUAUCACUACAACUGCAUCAUAUGAGUCUUGUCAUAAAAACAUAGCAUACAACUAUAAAAAAGACAAAAUGAAUAAAUAAAUAUAUUUAUUGUUGUUAUAUGUGUAUUAAACAAAGAAGAUGAAUCUUUAAAUCUUUAUGUAGCUGAGAAUGAAGAGAAAUACUUUUGGAAUGUGUAUUUAUUGACUGGGCGGUAUUUUGUUAUGGUAUAUACUCGUGCAUAUUAACAUAACCAAAACAUAACCUAUUUUGUUUGCUUUUGCUGGAAAUAUUUACGGAAGUAAUGACUGCUGACAAUAAACAACGUGAAACAACACAAAAAUACGAAAAAUUCCUAUGAUGUUUUGAUUUUAUGAUGAUGAUGAUGUGAAAAAUAUGAGGAAUAUGAUGAAUUUGAUUGCUUUUACGAUUUAAGAUGUCAACAUUAAGAUUAUAAAGCAUGAUAACAAAAUAAAUGUCAUAAAUUACUGUAAUAUUACUGAUUCAUGUAGUGAGAAUAAAAAAUAUAUUAAGUUAUAAAGGAAGAAA